GACUUAAAGUAUAAUGUAAAAAUAUUUUUCCUUGAUCAUAUCAUUUUUUGCUAAUUAUUAUUAUUUUAACAAAAUGAAUGUUUCAUUGAUAAUCAAAGCACAGAACCUAUAAUAUUUAGAGGGAUGGAAUAUCCCACUUUAGAAAUUUACCUGGCCUACUAAUAUUUAACACCCAGAUUUUCCCCGUCUUCCACCCCCAGUGAUGUGGUCUUCAAAUUCCCCUCAUGAACAGCUAUAUAAUGUAGAUUUUGGGGAUGCUAUUCAUCAUCACCAUCCUCAACAUUGCUGCUACUCUCCGCACAACUAACUUAUCAAAAACUUUUGAUCAAUUUCAAAAUUUUCUUUUUCAUCUAUAAGUGGCUCUUAUCCCUCUCAUGAUGAACAGACUCGUCCUGACGUCAUCGACUCUGCUGCUGUUGCUGUGUGUCUGCGUCACUUUGAGUCAAAGCAGUCCGGUGAGGUGCUGUACCAAGUAUUCAUCGCAGCCUUUUCCUGUUAAUCGGCUGAAAGACUUCACACUGCAGGACUCCACCAUGACCUGCAACAUAGAAGCUGUCAUUUUUACCACGAUAAAGGACAGACUGAUCUGUGCCAACCCUGAUGAUCUAUGGGUUCAGAAUGCCAUCACACAUAUCCAGGAAAAGAAAAAGUCAGCAUAACAUGGACAUCGUCAACUUGGUCUAAAACUGCCUUAAGCUGAAACAAACCUACAGUAAUAUAAAGCACAUGUAUUAGAAUUUAUUUUUGUAAUUAAUAAAUUAAUAUUUUGUUUUGACAGCAA